AUGGAGUGGGGCCCGCGGGGGCACCCCGAAGGACGGCUUUCUGACUGCAGCCGGGGUGAGCGUGAGUCAACAACUCAGAUGGGCGAAUGUGCGUGCGCGCGGAGCACCAGACGCAAGUCGAAACGCAUCACGCAAACCCCCCCCUCCCUCCCACUGACCAUUACAGACGCACUUCGGGAUGCCGCACGCGAGGGCGGCGGCGGCGGCGUACCGCUGACCGGCCGAUGCGGUUACGACUUGCUGAAGCAAGUUUUACAGUCGAGAGAGUGA